AUGACGAGUUCGGCUUACUAUCCAAACAGUGAUUACUGGCCUUAUCACCCAGUCAGUGACAUCCGGCUGGAGCAGUCCCUGUACGCGUCAUCAACGUGUCACCAGAUGUCCCAGCCCCAUCAUCCCCCGAGUUACCCAAGUGACAGUGCCCCAUCUAAUCCCCCGGCGCCGAGUCUUCUGGAGACAAUCCUUCGUCACGGAAAGGAGGCUGUCAGCGCCAGUUACCCCAGACGCAGCCCAGGGCUGUCAUCUCAAUCGCCUCCAGCAAGUCUCCUGGAGUCCCUCCUGCAGAAGCCCGGGGAUGCCAUCAGCGAGAGCUACUCGACUCCUCCAGGCAACCCGAGUCCUGGCCAACCCACAUCCUCCCAAAUGCCUUGUCACACCCCCCCGUACACCCCGUCGUCCUCUUCCGACCGGAAUUCGCCGAUGACUGGUCUGAUCAUUGACUCCUCGCAGGAGAGGUAUCCGACAUCCGGACCUGAAUAUUCCGGGAUCAACUACCCGUAUCUAGCUUACGCUGCCCAGAGAAGCCUCCCCUGUCCGGCCACCACAUCGCCCACCUACGAUGCGCAUCCUGGCUACACACCAUAUCCUAGCAAUAACAAUAAUGGAAAAGCAAGUCCAACAGGAUCAUGCGACUACGACGAUCAACCGAAGACAGGCGACUACGCCUGGAUGAGGUCAACCUACACCUCCGACGUCAAUGGAGUGGGACAGAAGCGGACGAGGCAAACGUACAGCCGUCAGCAGACAUUUGAGCUGGAGAAGGAGUUUCACUACAGCAAGUAUUUGACGAGGAAGAGGAGGGUUGAGAUAGCGGGGAGUCUGCAGCUGACAGAGAGGCAGAUCAAAAUUUGGUUUCAGAACAGGAGGAUGAAGGCCAAGAAGGACGGCAAGCUGGGGGGAUUUGGGCUGGAUGGUCUGGAUGACGUCUCUCCGAAUUCUGGACCUUCGGUGGACGCCAUGCUGAUGACGUCUUCCAGUGCGAUGGGACAUGCGACGGGGGCGGGGAAUCCUCUGGAGCAAUCCGGUAGUCUUCAGCAGCAACAGCAGCAGUUGCACGCGGCUUAUCUGAGCUAUCAGCAGCAUCAGGGACAUCUGUAUUCUAAUCAAGAGUACGGACAUCAGAUGCACCCGUAUGGACUUCAGGGGAAGGUGAACCUUGGCACGGGAUCGUGA